AUAAUUUAAUUUCUUUUUUUCUACAAUAGAAUUGAAUACCGUACUUACAAAUGGUGUAUCGACUUGAAAGUGUCGAGAAUUGUAUCGAAAAAUGCACAUUGUAGUUUGAAACUGUAUUUGAGGACCGCCAAGUUCAUUAAAUCGUUGCAAAUACACGUGAGGAAGAUACGGUUGGAUCUGCAGUAUCCAUAAAAAUGAUGAUAGUUACAGUACUUUUUACUCUAUUUUGUGUAAUAUCAAAUGCUUCAGUCCAUAGAUUAAACGUACCCAGAGUUUUAUUACCAGUAUUUAAUGAUUUUGCUGUAAAUUUUACACUAGAAGUUACCGAUGGUGCUUGUUAUCAAUGGUCAACAUCACGUUUAGAUAUUAUUCAAUUAAUUCCUAUAAAUGAAAAUGUUGAAAGAACAUGUUCUUCUGCUAUUUUGAUUCAAACAAUAACAAGAGAGGCUACCAGAAAUACAGCAAUAGUACUUGCAGAAGAUGUUAAUAAUGGCCAAUUUUUACGAUGUGAUGUUAUUGUUGAUGCAAUUUUCUCAUUAAAUCUUGUUACAACUACAAGGGAGUUAUAUAUAGAAGAAGCACCAGAAGCAUUUGAAGUACGGGCAUAUGAUGAACAAGGAAAUGAGUUUACAACUCUUGGUGGAGUAGAAUUUCUUUGGAGCAUAGAUGUAGCUGACAAACACAGGGCAGAUGGUAAAACACCAAAUGAUGUUCUGAGAUUCAUGACUUAUCAAGAGUCACAAUAUGAAACUCCACCAACUGUUGCUGCCUUAGAUGCAACUGGUAAAAAGGGGCAUAUUGUAUUGUUAGAAGGAAUAAAAACUGGCACAGCAAAGGUUUCUGUGAGAUUGCCUUAUCCAGAAUACAAGCAUGUACCACCAAUAGAAGUUGAAUUAAUUGUAAUAGCUAAUUUAAUCAUCAUUCCAUCAGACAUAACAGUAAUGGUAUAUGAUAGUUUCAGAUAUAAAAUAAUGCAAGCUCGUCAUGGCCGUUUAGAAGAAAUAAGUUUACCAUCUAACCAAUACUAUUUAGAAGCAGAAAACCCAGAUAUUUUAAAAAUUGAUAAUGACCAUGAUUCUGCAUAUGCGAAAUUUUAUGGUCGUACUAAAGUAUUCUUGCACGAUAAAAAUGUUCGCGAUGAGUAUCCCGUUAUUUUGCCAUCUGCUAUAGUUAACGUGAACGAUGUGGCUUACAUAAAUCUUGCUGUUUUGCCUAAUAGAAAUUGGGGCUUGAUACUUGGUCGCACUCAUGAAAUUGUAGUUGAAUUAUAUGAUAGCAAAGAUCAUAAAUUUUAUAUCGGAGAAGGUGUUGAAGUAUCAGUAAAAUUAGAUGAACACUAUUUUGAACCAAAAUUAAUCACACAAAAUGGAACUUACAUUGUUGGUGUGCCUAUUGCAUGCGGGACAAUGACUGUUGAGGCCACCCUUUAUGGUAUAAUUGACAAACAUGGUAAAAAGGUUUCUUUCGCGUCGCGUCCUAGUACAAGAACUGAACUUUUGAUUCAUACUCCAGUUACCAUUCAACCUAAAGUACUAGCUGUUCCGUGGGAUUUUAAAGCUAAAUCACGGUACGAUAUCGUGUUAAAAGCAAGUGGAGGAGAUGGAUCAUACGUGUGGUCAAGUAGACAUCCGUCGAUAGUAACAGUUUCUCAAAAUGGAGGAAUACGAAUUUUAGCAGCAGGCGCGACAGAGAUAACCGUUGCAAUGACUAGAAAUCAGUAUAAUAAAGAUACAGCAAGAGUAUAUGUAUUGCCACCUUCGAAGUUAAAAGUAAUAGAAUACAGUAUGGAAGCAGCAGUAGGAGAACCAAUUUAUCUCCACAUCGCAUUAUACGGGAAAUUAAUUAAUGGAACAGACUCGAAAGAAAUUCCUUUCAACGACUGUAGAGAUAUCAGUUUUGAAACGUACAUUCCAGAUGGUAAUUUUAAACAAAAUGAUAGCAAGAUCAUAGAACCUGUUGGGAUAGCAUGCGCUGUUAUAGCGGUCUCUAGCGUAGAUGUUGGAACAUCUGAAGUGACUGUAGUGUAUAAUGCUAAUGGCCAAUAUUUAACUGAUAAUAUCACUGUAUCCGCCUAUGAACCGCUAAUAGCAGUACAUCCAAGUAGUAAGGAAAGUUUGUUGGCAGUGGGAUCUUCGAGAAAAAUAGUUUUUAAAGGUGGACCCCAUCCACGGAAUAGCAAGCCUCAGAGUUACACGCGAAAUAUUGAAGUAUCUGAAAAAAAGAUUGCCGAAGUGAUAGAACACGAAAAUUCACCGACCGCAUUAUAUGACUUAUCUGUUUUUGAAGUAAUGUGUAAAGCACUUGGUGAAGUGACGUUGACGUACACAAUUUCGAAUAUCCCUUUGUUACCGAAUUGCAAAAGUACACAUGCAUCUGAAACGGUACGAAUUAUUUGUGGGAAACCCAGACACAUUUACUUACAACCUGAGUUUAAAGACAGUAAAAACUGUCCUAUUAGUUUUAAUACCGAAAGGAUAAUGGCGCAUAGCGAUAAAAAUUUAAAACUUAUCACUAUAAUAAAAGAUGGAAAAGGCAGAAUCUUUGAUAACAUUACGAGUUUACAUAUUGAAUGGGAUUUGAAACCAUCGUCCGUAGGUUUUGUUGAAGUGCCUUCGGGUACUAUAGAAGAAACAUUUACAGAUAUGAACGUAAUUUUAUCCAAGUAUUAUUAUCAAAAUAUUAUUUUCAAAAAGCAUUUCGGUACUCUCAGUUUAACAGCCACAGUUACUGGCUAUCAAAAGUAUAUACUGAGUAAAUUGAAGAUAGUACCUGAAUGGCCACCUUUUGCAAUUGAGAGUGAAAGAAGAAUUUAUGAAACUCCGCUUAUAGAGACUUCCAUGGAAAUUGUUCUAGUUAAUGAUACUAGCAUCAAUCCUAACAAAUUAAUGAUACUAAAUGAUCCUACCGUCAAGUAUUACUUACAAGUGAGUCAAGGUUCUGGCUAUUACGAAUUCGUACUAAGUGCAGAUGACAUUGCAGAUGUGCGGUACAUAGAGUCAACGAAAGCAAUUAGCGUUACUCCAAAAAAAUUCGGAGCACUCCAUUUAUCUUUGAUAGAUCUCUGUUUGCCUUCAAAACCGGCUGAAGCUGUGAUCGAAGUGCAACAACUUGCCGUCAUAGAAAUUGAAACGGUGAAUAAAAUCGAGAAAGGAAAAUGCAUAGUCGCUACGUUGAAACUUUACGAUACAAAUGGCCAUAUUAUAAAAUUACCAUCCUUAAAUGCGUUAGAAUUUAAAGCAGAAAUCGAUAACGAAUGCAUAGAAGUUAAACAAUUGCCUGCUAACGAACAUGGUAAUCCUCCUUAUUCUCAAUUAUUGUACAUGAUACAUGGAAUAGGCGAAGGUGAAUCUCAGUUGACUUUCGUGAACAAAGGAGGUGAACAAGAAAUACAAAGUGAAUCGGUAACCAUUCAAGUUUUCCUUCCUUUAAAAGUUUUCCCAAAAAAUUUGACUAUACUAGUAGGAACCGUUUAUCAAGUACAAACGACCGGUGGUCCGUCAAACGCAGAAAUUGAAUUUUCUACAAAAAACAGUGAUGUUUUGAACGUCGAUUAUAAUGGUAUAUUCGAAGGGAAAUCAGUUGGUCAAACAAAAAUAAUUGUCAGAGCUAUUGGUCUGAAUGCCAGAGGUAACAAAGUCAUUUACUCUGAGGACUAUGCAGAUAUACAUGUACUGUAUCUCGAAGGAGUUAAAAUUGUUGUUCCAACAAGUCGAGUAAAAGCUGGUGCAACGUUUCCACUUUGGGCAUUUGGUAUCCCAGAACAUUUAACACCGCUUGUCAUAGGAUCUAUGCAUUUACCUUUAACAUUCAUGUGGUCAUCCAGUGAUUCUAAUUUAAUAACUUUACAUAAUAUGUACGAAGGUACUGGUAUUAACAUCAGAUACCAAAAUGAAGUAUCUUUAAGAGCGAAAGCUAUUGGCCCGGGAUUAGCAACAAUUUAUUUAAAUGUUACAAUGCCGUCUAAUAUAUUAGCCGGUUUCAAAAAUGAUGUAACAUACAGUACAUUUGUAAAAGUUGAAAUUUUUGAAGAGUUGCGUUUAACUCAUCUUGGAUUACUCCUUAAUGUGCCAAUGAUAUUGAUGUCUCCAAAUUCUGUUUUAAAAUUACAAACGAAUCGCGACAAACAUGGUUCAACUACUUAUAAAAUAUUGUCGAAUAUGCAUGGAAACGAUUCAGAGGAUUCAUAUGCUUUAACACCGGCAUCUAAGACUGUUAGUAUUGAUAAGAACGGCGUUAUAAAAGCCGGUGAAAGUUUGGGAAAAAUAGUCAUUUCUAUCACGAACACAGAGGCGUAUAAUUUAAAGCAAACGAUAACUGUCAUUGUCGAAGUUAAACCCAUUCAUUAUAUGAUGCUGUCUUUAAAAUCAGUCUUACGAAUACGAAAUGGUGAAGAAUUAAACAUGUUACCCAAGGGUAUGGAAUUAGAUUAUAUCCUUGAAUAUUAUGAUAACGUUGGAACAAAGUUUCAUGCAGCUGAGGUUGAUGCAAAAACUAUAUCGAAUCGCGCUGAUCUUGCAUCUUUCAUUACAACUUCUAAAAAUAUAGUUACUGCAAAAUUUAUUGAGAAUGGAGAUCUUGUUGUAAAGGCAUACAAUGAAAGAUAUCCAAAUGCAAUGUUUGAUUAUGUACAUAUGAUGAUCGGCGAUAUAGUUUUCCCAACAAAGACAACACUAACCGUGGGUGAUGUAGUAUGCUUCUCAAUGCCACUUCUAUCUCCUGACGGUGAUCCUGGUUAUUGGCAAUCAUCAGCUCCUGAAAUAUUGACCGUGGAUCCUAUUACAGGAAUAGGGCGAGCUAAAAAUGUGGGCUAUGCGGUAGUAAAACACAGUCUUGCAACUCAUAUGCAAGGUGAAAUAGAAGUUAACAUCCAGCCUAUUGCAAAGAUAUCGAUCGUACCAUUGAGAGGUAGAAAUAUCACAGGAACUGAAACAUUUAGUGUUCCUCUAGUUCUUAAAAGUAAAGAUGAACAAGUUAAAGAAAAUAAUAUCUUGUCCAGAGGAUUGGGUGGUUGUAGAACGUUCACUUCGUUUGCUUUAACUUCGUUCCCUUAUACCUGCAAUGUACAAUUUCUGUCAUCUACCUCAUCCAUUGGAGUGAAGGAUUUGUUCCUGGUUAAACCACGAUUCGAUAUUACAACUGGUUUCUAUUAUUGUGAUGUAAUACCAAUAGAUUCCCCAAAUAUAGUUUCUAGUACGGUAGAGAGUCGCGUUCAAAUAAACGCACAAAGCAGAGAUAUCGAGGCUGUACCUUUAGAAGUAACUUAUCUUCCACCUGUCUACGUUGAAGCUAAAGAAAUUGUAUUUGUUAAUACUCAUUCUCAAACCAUACCAACCGCAACACUUGAGAUGUAUGGUUUGCAAUCGGUGUUAGACCAUCUUAACAUCGAUGUUCCAGAUGGAAUAGCCAUAAGUGCUCGUCAAUACAUUUCAAAAUCUACAAUGCAAUACAAGUUACGGUUAAUGCAUAAUCAGGACGAGAUUCAAGGUCAAAAAGUUAUCAUUACAAAUGAUAUUACAAAACAAAAUAUAUCGCUUUUUGUACGUAUAACGAAAUAUGAAAAUUUUAUACCAUUGUCCGGGAUUCAUUGGGUGGAUUAUAUGUAUUUCCAUCGUUACACGUUUGGAACAUUUGCUGUUAUUGUGAUUACUUGCUUCUAUAUAUGGAAAAACAAGAUGGCAAAUAUUGAUUUAAAUAUAAAAAAUAGAUCAGUGUUCGUUGACAAAUGUCCACCACAAUUGAAAAAGACUAGUACGCCAUGUUCGACAACAUUCAAUAGUACAAACGUUUCUGUUCCACGAACUCCAAUUACGCCAAUAAGACCAUUCUCGGCAUUCGACCCUGUUUAUGGUGAUCCUCGGGGUCUUUAUUCGACAAGUAAACGAAAUCGAUCAAUGAAUACCUAAUAAAUAAUAUAGUGGCAAAACAAUGACUUCAAUGUAAAAAUACAUUGUACUUAUAAUGAAAUUAUAACAUAUUAACUAGGCUCGUUUAUGAACAAAUAUUCAAUUAUCAGAAACUGGUGCCUUAUUGCCAUAAACUCAUUUUUACUAGGAUAUGUUAUUUUGUGUGAAAUAGACUUUUUACGUUGUUUUGUAGCGAUAAUAUCGUUAUAUUAAUAUUACUUAAUAGAUAUAUAAGAUAUUGUACAUUUUGUAAUAUAAACCUUAAGUUAUAUCAUUUUAUACAUUGGUAGAAAAACCAUAGUAAUUUCAUGCAAGUACAUUUCAAGAACACAUUGGUCGUAUUUACUUUACACGUUUGAGGUAUAUGGUUCCUAGUCAUAUAACUGAUAUGCAAGAGUAACAUUUAGGUUUUUUAUACGUAUGAUCUCGAGUGACAAUGCAAACGUAGCAUCAGUAAUUUAUUACAUUCUUUUAUUCAUUUCUGUCACUUGUAUGGUAACAUGUUUUCAAGUAUCAUAUGUAAUUUAUGUACUAUUCAUGUAUAAUACAUCAUUUUAUAACUUUGAA